AUGUUGCGGCGACUGGGAAGAUACCAAAUCACCUCGUGCGCGCUAAGUCGCAAGCACGAUCGUAGAGACUCACGCGAGGGUCGUGAGUUCGUUCGUUCCAGUUCGCACCUGGGACAGCUUCAGAAGGUGCUACCGCGCGACCAAGAGUUGGUCGCUUCGCUGUUGACGCGAAGAUACGUCUCCGUUCGCGUGAAAAGGUUCGCGCUUUGGGAUUCUUCGUUCGUAGCGCGACCGCAGGAUCUGAGUGCCCGACCCGCUUUGUGGUCGGUGUCCACGUGCUUACUGAGUUUAGACAGAUGCACGAACUUAGCCUAUCGAUCGAACUUUUAAAAUUAAGUAGAUAUUGAAUUACUACAAAAACGACCGAGCGCAAUAAAAUCCUGUUCCGCGAGAACCACCGGAGGAGCGUGGGCGCUUGUGAUGAAAAAAUCAAAAGUCACACACCUUCUACAUCGGCAGCAGCAAAUAUGUCUGGGUCUGGAAGGAUGCAAGGUUUGUCAUGCUCGUCUGGCAUGACUGAAGAGCUUGUGAUGCGCGUUCAAGAAGAGACCCUUUUGCUUGUCAUGCAAAAACGCAGUCUGUCGUGCGGAAACCGCAACACUUAGUCACGAAAAUAUUUCUUAUGCUUGGCUGUGCAUUACAGAGCAUUCUCUAUUUCCAACUCAGCAUUACAAGUCUCCAGACCCAGACACAUUUGCAUUUGAUACAGCAGCCUCAAGUACGACAUUCUAGAGAAGUUCAACAAGUCGUCCGAGGUGAUGCGGCUGCCCUAUCGUGUGGUGGAUCGUGAUCACCGGUUCAUUCGUGUGGCGCGAGGAGGGGAC